AUGUCUCUAAAUUCUAUAUUACAAAUCCUUGUUGUUGUCAAACUGAAUGAUCAAAUUGUGAUACCCCGUGCUGGGUCCUCAAAACUAGGCCAUUUGCAAGAAGUUCCUGCAGAGCGCCAUAAAGCUCCAUUGCCAAAGGCAGCCGCAGCAGCAGCGGUAGCAGCCAUUUACUGCGCCGCAACGUCGACGUCAGCGUCGCUGCUGACUGUAAAGUACGGUCUACCAAUCUUGCUAUUGGCGCUGGCUCUGUGCGUCGGUUGCUCUCAUGGAGCGCGUCGUCUGCGCAAGAAGCCAAAGGUCUACAAUGCCCUAAUCACCACGGACGACAAUCUGACCUCGAGUCGGGCAUAUCCUGUCAUACAACCCACAAUACACGAACCGGGCUAUGCACCCUUUGGACCCUAUAAUCCCUUUGGCUUCUACAGUCCACCACUGGUGAGAUUUGGGCAGCCUUUGGUGCCUGGACUGGCGCCUAAUGAGCGGCUACCGUAUCCUCUGCCAACUGGUAGUCAAUACCCGCCCAUCUACACGUCCUACGAUCCCAAUCAGCCCAGCAUUGUGCCCGCAGAACGGCAACCGGCGCCACAACCAGAGUUGGCACCUCAAUCUCCGACAGCAGACGAUUCAGAGCCCAAGGAGAUUAUGGCCAAGGAUCAGUUACCUCUGCCGCUUAACGAACAGGGUCUGCCGCCUGUUCUGAUUCCACUGAAUUCCCAGUACAAUAACCAGGCCAUGCAUUUGCCGCCCUAUGCCUACAAUCAAUAUCCGGUGAUCUAUGACCAGGCGGGAUUUGUUCGCCAGCGAGAGAAUUAUCUGCCGCCCUACGAUUACUACCCUAGCCAGGGUUAUCCAACGCGUAGUCCGGCACCCACUGCACCACCAAUGCAGCCAGUGCAGCCUCCGCAGCCUCCACAGCCGGAGGUGCAACCACUGCCUCUGGACAACUUGGAUUCCACGCCCAGCUUUGAUGACAUCAAAAAUGGCUCCGAGAACAAGAAUAGCGAUGUGCCCGACGUACCGCCUCCUCCAAUACCUUCCGGUCCAAAGCGCCCCAGGACGACAGACAAUUAAGGCGUUAAGUAGCAUUAUGGGUUUUAUCCCAUUCAAAGUAUACACGUAUUUAUUACCAUUUUUUCUUAAGCAUUUCGAUUUGAUGUCGUUUUACCCAUAAGUUUAGUAAGUGUUCAUCAAAGAUAAUAAAUAAAAUAAAAUAA